AGGAGGAGGAGGAGGACGGCGGUGCUGUGUGUGAGAGAGCGUGGAGAUGAGCUCAGCUCUGUGUCCUGGAGCCGCCUGAGGAGACCCGGCUGCCUCCCAGCCUCCCUCGCCGCCGCCGCCAUGGCUCACUCCCCCGUGCAGGCGGGGCUGCCGGGGAUGCAGACUCUGAAGGCAGAUCCAGAAGAACUGUUUACGAAACUGGAGAGAAUUGGUAAGGGGUCUUUUGGUGAAGUUUUUAAAGGAAUUGACAAUCGGACUCAGAAAGUUGUUGCUAUAAAAAUUAUUGACCUAGAAGAAGCAGAAGAUGAAAUAGAAGACAUCCAGCAAGAAAUCACGGUGUUGAGUCAGUGUGACAGUCCAUAUGUAACUAAAUAUUAUGGAUCCUAUUUAAAGGGACCUUUUGGCCAGCUUGCAGUAAGGACUUGUGUUUAGAAGAGAACCUUUGGGCUCAUCUGUAUCUCCCUCCCCUCAAAGGGAUGGCAGCCCCAGGACAGCUAGCAUUCAUCCUGACGCCAAGAGACUUCAAAGGAGGAUACAAAAUUGUGGAUAAUAAUGGAAUAUCUGGGUGGAGGUUCUGCCCUUGAUCUAUUAGAGCCUGGCUCACUUGAUGAAACUCAAAUUGCUACAAUAUUGAGGGAGAUACUCAAAGGACUUGAUUACUUGCAUUCGGAAAAGAAAAUCCACAGAGAUAUUAAAGCUGCUAAUGUAUUGCUGUCUGAACAAGGGGAAGUAAAACUGGCAGAUUUUGGAGUAGCUGGGCAGCUAACAGAUACACAAAUAAAGAGGAAUACCUUUGUGGGAACACCAUUUUGGAUGGCACCUGAAGUAAUAAAGCAAUCAGCAUAUGAUUCAAAGGCAGAUAUCUGGUCAUUAGGCAUAACAGCCAUAGAACUUGCAAAAGGAGAGCCACCUCAUUCAGAAUUACAUCCAAUGAAAGUUUUAUUCCUCAUUCCUAAGAACAAUCCACCAACGCUGGAAGGAAACUUCAGUAAAUCCCUCAAAGAAUUUGUCGAAGCCUGCUUAAACAAGGACCCAAGCUUUAGACCUACUGCAAAAGAGCUUUUAAAACACAAGUUCAUUUUACGAAACUCCAAGAAAACAUCUUACUUGGCUGACCUCAUUGACAGGCACAAGAGGUGGAAGUCUGAGCAAAGUCAUGAUGACUCCAGUUCUGAUGACUCAGAUACUGAAGCAGAUGGUCAAGCUUCAGGUGGGAGUGACUCAGAAGAGUGGAUCUUUACAAUAAGAGAAAAAGACCCCAAAAGUCUAGAGAAUGGAGCAGCCCAGCCUUUGGAGUUGCAAAGAAAUAAGGAAAAGGAUAUCCCAAAGAGGCCUCUAUCCCAAUGCCUGUCUACAAUUAUAUCCCCUUUAUUUGCAGAGUUGAAAGAGAAGAGUGAGGUGUGUGGUGGUAACACAGAUUCCAUAGAAGAACUGAGGAAGGCAGUUUAUUUAGCUGAGGAGGCUUGUCCAGGCAUUGCAGAUACUAUGGUGUCACACCUUGUGCAGAGGCUUCAGAGAUAUUCCCUAGCUGGAGGAAGUUCUUCAUCCUACUGACAUACUCUUCCUUCCUGGCUUUCCCAAGACAGCAGAGAUGCCAUGGUGUCUGCAUUGAAGGCGUGCACCCUAAUGCUGUUCUGCCUCUCAGUCUCUGGAAAGUCCUUGGGAGGAAGGACAUUCUGAGUGAAAAUGAAGUCUCUUGGAUGGAGGCAAUCUUUUUCAGCUCCUUAAAGCUAUAAUUUUUUAAGAUGAUAAUUCACAUAUUCCAGGGAGGUGUCCUUUUGUAAAAUCUGAAAUGUAUAUUUAGGUUUGUGAUAGAGAAAUUGAAGAUAUUGAGAAACCUCAGGUAUCCUGCUUUAAGAAUUCCACUGAGAGAUGGAGCAUGGUUGUUGGUAUUGUGUACAGAUAUGUAUAUAAUGUCUUUUUUAAAAGAAAGCCUUUCAAUGUGCAUAAGGAAUCACUGUGUACAAAAUGGUAAAGUGCUUUUGUAGAUAAUGUUAGUGGGGUAAACAUUUGACAGGCCAUAACUGAGUAUUGCCUUGCCUUUAUUACAUGUAAAGUUUGAAAUAUGUGAUAAGUGAAUCUUGGUUAGAUUUUUGUAUGUGAAGUAUUUGCCAUUGAAAGAGUUAAUACUGUAUUAUAGAACCUUCUAUUUGUACCUCAGCACAGACACAAUUUUAUUCUGUUUCUCUAGCAUUUCUUUCUUUUUACUUAUAUUCUGAGCCUCACUUUCUAUUUGUGGUAUUACUUCUAUUUGUUUUAAAUUUCAUACACCUAGUCUCUCAAAGCUUUAAAUUUAAAUUAUUAUUUUUCCUAGAGAAUGAGUUCUUUCAUAUCUUCAGUUUCAAACUGUGCCAAUGCAAAUUCUGAAAUAGUUCCAUUUUAGUAACAGAUAUUUGGGAGGCUCGUGAAAUUUAGACACAGUCUUUUUUCACCUGAAAGUGUUUAAAUACUCAGAGAAAUCGUUAUUCCCUUCAUUUAUUCUGAAGUAUCUCCUUAAGGUGUAGAUUCGGAGACAGUUCCAAGUAUUUCUUUAUCAUGCCUAUUUUUAUCAUUAAAAGAAACGUCUUUCAGCAUAAAAGAAAAGUUAUCCAUAGAUUCAGUAUUGGGUCUCACUGCCUAGAUCUGUGCAUCUCUUUACCAAAAUGGACAGAUGUUGGGCAGAGAGACUGCGAAACAGCCCAAGUGCUGGGUGCUGGGUCCUGCUGCUUGCCUCUCCAGAGAAAAGUUACUUCUUGAAAUUCUGAAUUUUAAAAUUUCCACUAUUCCUGUGAGGGCUUCUAGAGAGCUGACUUCAGGUGUCACAGAUCUUGGAAACAGUAAUACUAGUUCAUUAGUUGUAUGCACAGUUGAUUAGGUAGCUGCUAUUCUUUUUCCCCCCCACAGUAUUACUCUGAGGUUUACCUUGGUUGGUUUCACCAAGACUAUAUUCAGGUUCUACUUAUUCCAGUAGCUAAGAGAGCAUUUUUGCCUUCUUUUAAUGAAGCAAUCGAUGACUUUAUGCUUUGCAUGACCGUGAGGUAACUUAUAUAUUUACAUUUUUUUAAAAAUAUAGACGGGAGCUUUGGAACAGAAAGGAUUAACAUUUAAAAUACAGGCAUAUCUGCCUGCCUUGGUACAAGAAACCCAGGUACUCUAACCAUUGUGGAAGCUGGUGAGGUCGCCUUCCAGGACUUCUAUCACCAUGGUAGCCCUUAGUCUAUGCAUAUUAAUAGCCUUAAUUUAUUAAUUUAAGAAUUUAACAGUAAGAGGACACUGUCUUGCUAACAGAGCUAAUAAACUUCUGCCCAGGUUGAAACAACAGUUGGAAGAAAUGUGGGUGUGUGUUCAUCUUGUGCUUUCAGGCAUUACUCAUUUGCCAGCCUAAUUAGGUAAUGUGUUGCCUUUAUGGCUAAGGGAAUUUAAAAUAAAUUGAACAAUGCUAAAGUUUGAGCAAUGUUUUACAGCUCCAGUUGGAUUAUUAUUUUUAAUUAUGUUUAGUGUGCUCCUAAGUGUUAUGGAUAAGCUCACUUUUGAGGAAACCAAUUUAGCACUGCUUUUGUGAAAUGGGCAUCAGAAUGCAGUGCAAUGGAAAUUUACCUGUUGAUGUCUCAAUAGGAGAACAUUUAGCAUUCAGUAGAUCCCUGUGCUGUGACUGCACAAGGAAAUCAACAGGUGUGUUUGCAUUGGGAAUAUAAAUUGAUCAGUGUAAGCUAUUCCCUAGUCAUCUGUUAAUGUAAGGACUGGAAAUUAAAGUGAGCUUACUUGGAGAUGCACAGAACUCUUGAGACUUAGUGGGGAAGUUAAACUUAUGCUGCUGGCUUGAAUGUCAGGAAUUUAUCAAUCAGAAAGUUGAAUUAAAUUCUAAGCUACACUCUUUGAACACUCAUUUGAAAAGUUAUAUAUAUAUGUGUUUUGAGUUGCAUUUUAGUUGUGUUCCAGGACCGUAUGUUGAGGAAGUACUUCUCUGAGUAGAGAGUGGCAGAAUUUGCUUGAUGGAUGUGUCAGAGCUUAAGAUGAAUAAGACUUGUGGUGAGGGCAGGUGGCCAAAAGGCUUGGGCAUUCAGAAGAAGACAAGACCUCAUUUAUGGUAGAGAUGUGUAUUUUUAUAUGUAAUAUACAGAUUAUUUAAAUAUAGACUAUCUUAAACUGAGAUUCACUGAAAAAAAAAGUGUGCUGUAUCUUGAAUGUAGAAGUACAAUCAUUUGCUAUUAAAAAGUAUGGAUGCUUUAAAAAUCAGGUCUGUAUCGGUAACAGAAGAGGAGCUUCAUUUGAAAGAAGCACCGCCUCAGUUUCUCAGAGGAAAAGAAGUGUAUUGAUAUUUUUGAGAGGUUUUUUUCAUGCUUAAAACAUGUCUGUGUUACAAUGUUGCACUGAUGAUUUUUCUGUGCAGUUAGUAUUUCACUCAGUCUUGACUAUACUAAAUGACAAGCUAUCCCUAUUUAUGCAAACCUUUAAAUUAGUAGAACUGCUUAUUUGUCAGGGAUUUCAUGAUUAGGCAGUAAAUAAACUCACUAUUUAAAAACAAUAAAAUCAGUUAUUUGAACUGAAGGCUUGCUUUUUUGUAACUCUCAGAUCUAUUUUUUUACCUUACUUUUCCCUGCAGUUGCACUUUGUAGUUGCUGACCAGUUUGCUGAAGGAUGAUGUGCUAGGGCACAGAACGCUUUUGGUGCAGUAACAAAGCAGUAACUUCACUCUGCAGUGCCACAGUUCCUUUGCAGCUCCAUCACUGUGUGCGAGCGUGUGGGAACAGAAGGUAAACUGAUCUUUGUGGAAUGCCCUGACUGGGGUGUUCUGCCCCUGCUGUGCAAGAGGGGCAGGUGGAGGGGGAAGGUGAGGCUGGGUGUGUUGGCAGCUCACUGCAAAGCAGCUGGCUCAGUGUGAGUUCCCAUCCUCCUGUACCCUGGCACCCAUCAUCUGCCUCUUAAUGUGCUUUUAAUGUAGUUGAGCAAUGUCUUCUUUAGCUCUCACUACUUCAUGUGAUAUUCUGUAUUACUUUCUAAACUGCGUGGUACCAGUAGUAGUUUUACAGUAAUCUGACUUUGAAGGAAAUGUUUUUUGCCUUCAAAAAUGUCACAACUGGAAGAUUAUCCAGAGUGUGCAUAAGCACAGGUAUCAUGCAAGGAUCAGGACAAUUCCAAAGGGGUUUUGUAGGCUGCUGGGGAGGAGCUGAAGCUAUAGCUCAAAUGUGCUUCCUGUUCUUAACUGUGUUGUGCAGAGGUGCUGGGAACUGCACUGAGCACAUGCCAUGGACAAAUUGUAUGCAAGGGUUUCCUGCCACCUGUAAUGCAUGAUUACAGAGGACCAUGAAAGUGUGUGUCUUGUUUUCUGUAAUGUUGCUGCCUGUAUAUAGCCAUGUAUUUAAAUUUUACUUUUGUCACUCUACACCAACACAGUAAACCUCCUUGUAAUCUACGUGACCUGG